GAGCCCUGGAUGGCUUUUGUUUUGCCUCCUCCCCAUUUGGGCCAAAUAUGCAGGACAGGAACUGUUGACAAAUAAGUGAUGAAACUCUCCAAAAAAAUGGAGGCAAAGAAAGACUCUGGAAGAAGAUUGCGCUGCAUCGGCCGAAGACGGUACGAUGAGAACGAGGACCUCUCAGACGUGGAGGAAAUUGUCAGCAUCAGGAGUUUCAAUUUGGAAGAGAAAUUAAAGAGCAAAAUGUACCACGGGGAUUUCGUGCAUGCCAUGGACGGCAAAGAUUUUACUUUUGAGUAUGUGCAAAGAGAAGCUCUCAGAGUUCCCCUCAUCUUCAGAAAUAAGGAUGGACUGGGAAUUAAAAUGCCUGACCCGGAUUUCACCGUCAGAGAUGUGAAGCUAUUAGUGGGAAGCCGCCGGAUCGUGGAUGUGAUGGAUGUGAACACUCAGAGAGGAGUUGAGAUGAGCAUGUCUCAGUUUGUGAGGUACUACGAGACCCCAGAGGCCCAGCGGGAGAAGCUCUACAAUGUCAUCAGCCUGGAGUUCAGUCACACCAAACUGGAGAACAUUGUCAAGCGCCCCAACGUGGUGGACUUAGUCGACUGGGUGGAUAAUAUGUGGCCACAGCACUUGAAGGAGAGACAGACGGAUGCUACCAAUGCUAUUUCAGAGAUGAAAUACCCCAAAGUGAAAAAGUACUGUUUGAUGAGUGUGAAAGGAUGCUUCACUGAUUUUCAUAUUGAUUUUGGUGGCACUUCAGUGUGGUAUCACGUUUUCCGUGGGGGGAAGAUCUUCUGGCUGAUUCCACCUACUCUGCAGAAUCUAGAACUUUAUGAAGAAUGGGUUCUCUCAGGAAAGCAAAGUGAUAUCUUUCUGGGAGACAGGGUGGAACGGUGCCAAAGAAUUGAGCUGAAACAAGGCUACACGUUCUUCAUUCCUUCAGGGUGGAUUCACGCGGUUUAUACUCCGGUAGAUUCUCUGGUGUUUGGUGGAAAUAUCCUGCAUAGCUUUAAUGUUCCCAUGCAGCUUCGCAUCUAUGAAAUUGAGGACAGAACAAGGGUGCACGCCAAAUUCCGCUAUCCUUUCUACUAUGAAAUGUGCUGGUAUGUUCUGGAGAGAUACGUGUCCUGUGUGACCCAGCGCUGCCACCUCAGCAAAGAGUACCAGAAAGAAUCAAUGUUAAUUGAUGCAAAAAGAAAACGCAGCACAGACAGCUACUCAUCAGAUUCGUGGUUAGACAUGGAUGAAGAGUCUUGUGAUGCCCAUCUCCAGGAGGAGAAGGAUGACAGCUUGGAUAAGAACUCUAAAUCCUUGGUGGAUGGCUCCUCCUCACCCAACAGCACACACUCAGAAGGGAAGGAGGCUGCAGGGAGGAAACAAAAAGCCACAGUGAUGAGGUACCUAAAAAGAACUUUGUCUAAUGAAUCAGAUGACAGUGUAAAAUCAACGACCCCCACGGACUAUCCCAAAACACCCACGGGGUCUCCAGCUACAGAAGUUUCAACCAAAUGGACUCACCUCACAGAAUUUGAACUGAAGGGUUUAAAAGCCCUGGUGGAAAAGCUUGAAUCUCUCCCAGAGAACAAGAAGUGUGUUCCAGAAGGCAUUGAAGACCCACAGGCUCUCCUGGAGGACAUGAAGAACAUACUGAAGGAACAUGCUGAUGAUGACCAAAAUCUUGCCAUUUCGGGUGUCCCUGUGGUCAGCUGGCCCAAGAAAACCACAAAGAACAGGGCGGUGGGGCGGCCCAAGGGGAAGCUGGGCGCUGCCUCGGCGGUGAAGCUCGCGGCCAACCGGAGCACGGCAGGGGCGCGGCGGCGCAGGACGCGAUGCCGCAAGUGCGAGGCGUGUCUGCGGACCGAGUGCGGAGAGUGCCACUUCUGCAAGGACAUGAAGAAGUUCGGGGGGCCCGGCAGGAUGAAGCAGUCCUGCAUCAUGAGGCAGUGCAUCGCUCCGGUGCUGCCUCAUACUGCUGUGUGUCUGGUGUGUGGAGAAGCUGGGAAAGAGGACACUGUGGAAGAGGAGGAGAGCAAGUUUAAUCUCAUGCUAAUGGAAUGCUCCAUUUGUAAUGAAAUCAUACACCCAGGAUGCCUUAAGGUGAAGGAAUCGGAUGGUGUGGUUAACGACGAGCUGCCCAACUGCUGGGAGUGUCCAAAGUGCAACCACGCAGGGAAAACUGGAAAAGCGUACAAGCAAAAGCGCGGACCAGGAUUUAAAUACGCAUCAAAUCUCCCGGGCUCGCUGCUGAAGGAGCAGAAAAUCAACAGAGACAACAAGGAGGUGCCAGAUGCUGCCAAAAGGAAAGGGGACUGCGAGGAGACUCCCCGGCGGAAAUCGGAGGAACAUUCCAAAAAGGCUCCAGUUGACUCAAUCCUGAGGAGAAAGUCUGACGAGGUGCAUCUGUGGAGGAAGCGGAAAUUCGAGAAGUCCCAGGAGCCCACGAUGAGAAAACGGCGGCGCUCGUGGAAGGCCCCCGAUGACCGAACCGCCAUGAUCAAACCCCUGCGGCGCCUCAAGCAGGAGCCCGAGGAUGAGCUGCCAGAGGCCCCCCCCAGGUCCAAGGAUAGUGACCAGUCUCGGUCCAGCUCGCCCACAGCAGGGCCCAGCACGGAGGGCGCCGAGCCCAGGGACAAGAAGAAGUUCAAGAUGAGGCGGAAAAGGCGGCUUCCCAAUAAGGAACUGAGCAAGGAGCUCAGCAAGGAGCUUAACCAGGAGAUCCAAAAAACCGAGAACAGCCUUGCCAAUGAGAACCACCAACCCAUCAAAUCUGAACCGGAGAGCGAGAACGAGGAACCCAAGCGCGCCUUGAACAACAGCGAGAGACUCCACAGGUUCAGCAAAGGGUUGAACGGGACUCCCCGGGAGCUGAGGCACCACCAGCUGAUGCCCAGCCUGCGCAGCGCCCCCCGGGGCAUCGCCCGGCCCCCGCCCUCGCUGUCGCCCCCCAAGUGCAUCCAGAUGGAGCGGCACGUCAUCCGGCCUCCUCCCAUCAGCCCCCCUCCGGACUCGCUGCCCCUGGAUGAUGGGGCAGCCCACGUGAUGCAGAGGGAAGUCUGGAUGGCUGUCUUUAGCUACCUCAGUCAUAGAGACUUGUGCAUCUGUAUGAGAGUUUGCAAGACCUGGAACAGAUGGUGCUGUGACAAAAGAUUAUGGACCAAAAUAGAUUUAAACCAUUGUAAAUCCAUCACUCCACUUAUGCUUAGUGGCAUUAUUAGGAGACAGCCUGUAACCCUUGAUCUUAGCUGGACAAAUAUAUCUAAAAAGCAGCUGAGUUGGCUUAUCAACAGACUGCCAGGUCUGCGGGACCUGCUGUUAUCAGGGUGCUCAUGGAUAGCAGUGUCGGCACUUUGUAGCUCCAGUUGUCCCUUGCUGCGAACUCUGGACGUGCAGUGGGCAGAAGGACUGAAAGACGCACAAAUGAGAGACCUCCUGUCCCCACCCACGGACAACCGGCCAGGCUGCAACGGGUGUACUUUAGAGAGUAUGGAAACACUUUCUUCCAGUUCAGGGAAGGAGCAGUUCUGUGGGUCAUGCCACAUUCGCCCGGAUUUCAGCUCAGGUCAGAUCGACAACCGCAGCAAGCUGCGGAACAUCGUGGAGCUGCGCCUGGCCGGGCUGGACAUCACGGACGCGUCGCUGCGCCUCAUCAUCCGCCACAUGCCCCUGCUCUCCAAACUCAACCUCAGUUACUGUAACCACGUGACAGAUCAGUCUAUCAACCUGCUGACCGCCGUGGGCACCACCACGCGGGACUCGCUGACCGAGAUUAAUUUAUCAGACUGCAAUAAGGUCACUGACCAGUGCCUGUCUUACUUCAAACGUUGUGGGAACAUCUGCCAGAUUGACCUGAGGUACUGCAAGCAAGUGACGAAGGAGGGCUGUGAGCAGUUCAUAGCGGAGAUGUCCGGGACCUGCGCAGCUCAGGCUCCAGGAGCACUGGCAGCUUGAGAACAUUAAAACUGGAGCUGAGUAACCCCCAGCACUGCCAGGGGCUGGGUAAGAAAAGAGACAGAGGCUGAGAGAGCCCAUCACCCAUCUUUAUUAAGCUCAAGUGGCUAAUGAGCAGCAUGGAAAUAACAGCGAGGGCACGUCUGUCUUCAUUAGCCUCCCCUCUGGACAGACUCCAGGAAUUAAGUACCAUUAAAAAGUUACUUCUAAAAAAUAAAGCCAUUGAGAGGUUUGCUCCCUUCUGAAAAAUAUCCAGUAGAGCUUGGAGUUGUGUUUUGUGUGAGGAGGAGCUGCUUUCUCUUCCAAGCCAGCCUAACACUUCAUGAAGGUAAGAGCAGGUGCCAGUGCAGCACAGGUCCAGUUCCUCAACACCCUCAGCCAAGUACAGCCUUGGCUCUGGAGCUUUGCUGCCACAUGGGGAAUCAAAGAUGUACCUUUAAUCAACUCUGCUUAAAGAAUAAUUGGACACGCAUGGUCCUUCCUCACUUCUUUUUGACAGUGAACUUCACCAAUCCCAGUCGUGCUUGGGCACAGGGAUCCUGUUCUCACCCCCAGCACAGGCUCCUCUUGCUGCUCCCUUCCCCAGGUCAUUGCUCACAGACAUCCUACAGGGAGGGACCCUACGCUUCCUGCUCCAAGAGGACCUCGACCCCAGCUCAUCGCACCAAGCCUGACCCUGGUGCAAGAGCUGGCAGCAAUACAGGGCCCUCAGCAGCCCCUGGGAAGCUGGUUUGGGUGACUUAGCUUUGGGUGAAGGUCUGUGAACAGGAGAUUUUAAACAAAAACUGCUCCUGCCUCCCCACUUAAGGUUAGUAAUGCUGUACAUUCCACCUUAGCAGCAAGGAGGUGGUGCCCCUGAUCAGGAUUCACAGUAACAUCAGGCUGUCAGCACAUGGAGUACAAUCAUCACAGAUUAAUAGUUACAACAGGCAUGAGCAGAUGAAGGACCACAUUAACAUGGUUUACCUACAGUACCCCUUCUUAAAAAAAUAGUUUAUUCCUAAACCAAAAAUCACUCAGUAACUGGUUUUUGGAGUCUCCAGACAGAGACCAGUGGUGGCCCCUGAGCCCUGCAAAGUGAUGGAGUGUUUCAUACACUGACAGAGAACAGCCAAGACAGCACACGUGUCAUGACAGACAUUCAGAGGGAGCAAUCAGCAUAAAGCAAGACUGCUUAAGGGCUUCUGUGCAGGAACAGUUCAUGGCAGUGCUUCCUAAGCUGUGUCCAGCACCGGCACUAGCCAGGCUGCCGGAACAGAUACAUUCUAUCCAUAGGGAAAAG